AUGUCUGACGACCAACAGUACAAUCAAGACAAAUUGUCUCAAGAUUUGCAAAACACCUCAAUCGGAAGUGGUGAGCAACAGCAACAAUCGUACCAACAGUACCAGCAACAACCACAACAGAACUAUUUCAAUGCUAAUAAUGCUCCAACUUUUACACCAAGUGGACAACAAGGCGGUUACCAAGGAGGUUAUCAAGGAGGCUACCAAGGAGGAUACCAGAACUAUUCCCAAGGAGGAUACCAAAACUAUAACCAAGGAUAUCAAAACUACAACCAAGGAUACCAGGGAUACCAGAACAACAACAACAGAGGCGGUUACCAAAACUACAACAACAGGGGUGGAUACAAUAACUACAACAAUAGAGGUGGAUACAACAGCUAUAAUAAUUACAACCAACAGGACCAACAACCAGAACAAAGCCAGGGUAUGUCAUUGGCCGAUUUCCAAAAGCAGCAAAGUGCUCAAAGUAAUUUGAACAAGCCUAAAAAGACCUUGAAGUUGGCUUCUUCUUCUGGUAUCAAGUUGGCUAACGCUAAAAAGGCGCCAGAAACCGAAUCGAAGGAGACUACUCCAAGUGCCACUGAAAAAGAGGCUACUCCAGCUGCCACCGAAAAGGAAGCUACCCCAGCUGCCACCGAAAAGGAAGCUACUCCUGCUGCUGUUGAGAAGGAAGCUAGCCCAGCUCCAGCAAAGAAAGAAGCUACUCCAGCUCCAGCAAAGAAGGAGGCCACUCCAGCUUCAACCAAAUCUGAAUCUAAGCCAGCCUCUAAGUCUACUUCUAAAGUUGCCACUAAGGAAUCAACUCCAGUCACUGCUGAUAAAGUGAUCCAAGAACAAGAAGAUGAAGUUGAUGAAGAAGUCGUCAAUGAUAUGUUUGGUGGUAAAGACCACGUUUCUAUCAUUUUCAUGGGACAUGUUGAUGCAGGUAAGUCGACUAUGGGUGGUAAUAUUUUAUAUUUGACUGGCUCUGUUGAUAAGAGAACAGUUGACAAAUAUGAAAGAGAAGCUAAAGAUGCCGGUAGACAAGGUUGGUAUUUGUCAUGGGUUAUGGAUACCAACAAAGAAGAAAGAAACGAUGGUAAGACUAUCGAAGUCGGUAAGGCUUAUUUUGAGACCGAAAAGAGAAGAUACACUAUUUUAGAUGCUCCAGGUCAUAAAAUGUACGUUUCUGAAAUGAUCGGUGGUGCAUCUCAAGCUGAUGUUGGUAUUUUGGUCAUUUCCGCCAGAAAGGGUGAAUAUGAAACCGGUUUCGAAAAGGGUGGUCAAACAAGAGAACACGCUUUAUUAGCCAAAACUCAAGGUGUUAACAAGAUUAUUGUCGUUGUUAACAAGAUGGACGAUCCAACUGUUGGUUGGGCGGAAGAUCGUUACAAAGAUUGUAUUACUAAAUUAGGUGUAUUCUUGAAGGGUAUUGGAUACGCUAAAGAUGAUAUAAUCUUCAUGCCUGUUUCUGGUUAUACUGGUGCAGGUAUUAAGGACAGAGUUGAUCCAAAGGAUUGUCCAUGGUACUCUGGCCCAUCAUUAUUGGAAUUUUUAGAUAACAUGAAAACCAUGCAUCGUCAUAUCAACGCGCCAUUUAUGUUGCCAAUUAGUGGUAAGAUGAAGGAUAUGGGUACUAUAAUUGAAGGUAAAAUUGAAAGUGGUCAUAUUAAGAAGGGUGGAAACUUAAUAGUAAUGCCUAAUAAAGCAUCUAUUGAAGUCGUCACAAUUUUCAAUGAAACUGAACAAGAAUGUGAUGCAGCAUACUGUGGUGAACAAGUUAGAUUAAAGAUUAAGGGUGUAGAAGAAGAAGAUUUAGCUCCAGGUUACGUGUUAACUUCUCCAUUAAAGCCAGUCAAGACCAUCACUAGAUUUGAAGCCCAAAUUGCUAUUGUUGAAUUGAAGUCUAUUUUAUCUAAUGGUUUCUCAUGUGUUAUGCAUGUGCAUACUGCUAUUGAAGAAGUUACCUUUAUCGAAUUAAAGCACAAAUUAGAAAAGGGAACCAAUAGAAAAUCAAAGAAACCACCAGCAUUUGCUAAGAAGGGUAUGAAAGUCAUUGCUGUCUUAGAAGUUAACGAGCCUGUAUGUGCUGAAACCUACGCUGAUUACCCACAAUUGGGUAGAUUUACUUUGAGAGAUCAAGGUACCACCAUCGCUAUCGGUAAAAUUACUAAGGUGUUAUAA